GAUUGUUUAGCAAGCAUAAAUCAUUUAUAAUAAACACUGCAAUAUUCCACAAAAAAAUAAGAAUGGUCCAUUUUGAUUUUCUUGCUUGAUGACUUUUAUUUUGAAAAUAAAAAUAUCUCUUCCGGUCGGACAUUCAGACGCUGCGCUCCUUUUGAAUGAGGCAUCUGAACUGAGCAGUAUGAAAACUCCAGUGAGUGUUCUCCGGCUGCCCCGAGGUCCGGACCCGAACAGCCGAGGAUUCGACCCGAACUCUCCCCGCUUCAUCGCUCUGUGUCCUACAACACUCUCCUCCGCCACCUCGUCUUCAUCAGGAAGCGUUGACGAAGAGGAGCAGCGGCUGCGGUCAGAUCUGCGAGAGAGAUUUCUGCGGACACUCUUAUCGAUGACAGACAAACAAGUGGAGUUCAACAUGCACGAGAAAGUGCGCGUUCGCGCGAGGUUCGGGGCCUCAGAUAUAGACGUCCUGAAUUUCCAGGUGUCUGAUUUGGAGACUCCUCUCGGUGUUCAGAAAGAAGCCCUUCUGAGAAGCCAGGAUGUGAUUUCAUGCUCAUUUGAGCUGUGAGUGAGAGUUUAUUGUGGCACGCGAUGCUGAUCUUCACCACAAGAUGGCGGCGGAAGUAUUGUCAUUGUGUAACGAUGACUGAAGUUUAAUGAGUUCAAGGAACUUUCUCGUUGUUUUCAUGUAAUAAACGUUCAGAACUUCAUA